AUGACAACUAUUAUUAUAAAUCUUGUGGGUAAAUCUGCUUCUGGAAAAAACUUUCAUAAAUCAAGGUUCUUGUGUAGUACAAAUGAGAAUAUUGUAAAUUUACUUAAAAAACACCCCGUGAUACGCAUUGUAUCAACAACAACUAGAGCAAUAAGACCUGGAGAAGUAAAAGGUGAAGAUUAUCACUAUAUUUCAGUGGAGGAACAUAUGCGAUUGAGGAAUGAAGGACAAAUAUUUGAGGAGGUUUCUCUUGGUACAACAAAAUAUUCACAUUGUAAGAGUGAGUUAAAGAAACUAAAAUCUGGUGGUGUUGGGAUAUUAGAAACUAAUCCAGAAGGAACGAGACAAAUUAUUAAAUAUCUGAGCGGAGUGAAGAUUUUAUCAUUCGGUUUUGAUGUUGAUGAAGAAACUCAACACAAACGUAUGAAAAGCAGAGAUGCAAGGAUUAGUGAAGAAGAAAUUACAACUCGCAUUAAUGUUAAUAAAGAAUUUGAUGAAAUAUUUAAAGAAAAGGAUUUAUUUGAACACAUCUACUUGAAUGAUGAAGAAAAGGAAAAUUUCCCUGUUGAUCUUUACAAUUCAUUAAAUGAUAUUUUACAAUAA